AUGUUUCAGCUCCCAGAAGCAGCACGUGGUCUCGACUCUCUCCAGACAGUGGAAAAAGGCCUGUUUGCCCAGACUGAUGCUUUCAGAGCACCGAUGCACAGCCUUCAGUCUGGCUUUGACUCGAGGAGAUUCAUCUCAUCUCAUUGUUUGUCUGCGUGUUGUUUACAGACCACUUUGGCCCAUAUUAUCGCCAGCUCCAUUAAGAAGAAAGGCACAGGACGUUUCGUGACGCUCUCCGCCACCAGUGCGUCCACCAGCGACGUGCGAGAGGUCAUCAAACAGGCCCAGAAUGAGCUCCGUCUGUUUAAGAGAAAGACCGUUCUGUUCAUCGAUGAGAUACAUCGCUUUAACAAAUCCCAGCAGGACACAUUCUUGCCUCACGUGGAGUGCGGGACGAUCACUCUUAUUGGCGCCACCACAGAGAACCCGUCCUUCCAGGUCAACAGCGCGCUACUGAGCCGCUGCAGGGUUCUGGUUCUGGAACGGCUGUCGGUGGAAGCGAUGGGCUCGAUCCUGCGCCGGGCUGUAGACUUUCUGGGACUGCAGGUGUUGAACGGGGAUGCGGUGGAGCGGGACGCUUCAGAGAUCUGCUCAGAAUCUCAGGUGUGUAUCGAGCAGAAGGCGCUGGACAUGGUGGCGCACCUGUGUGACGGAGACGCUCGAGCCGCUCUCAACGGUCUGCAGCUGGCGGUGCAGGCGUGUGUGGCGCAGGUGCGCACCGCUUCAUCCAAACCCCACGCCGGCCCGCAGCCAAUAACAGUGCGCGAGCAGCACAUUAAAGAAGGACUUCAGAGAUCACACAUCCUUUAUGAUAGAGCAGGUGAGGAGCACUAUAACUGUAUCUCAGCCCUGCACAAGUCAAUGCGAGGCUCCGAGCCCAACGCUGCCCUCUACUGGCUCGCCAGAAUGCUGGAGGGCGGUGAAGACCCGCUGUAUGUGGCCCGCAGACUCGUCCGCUUCGCCAGCGAGGAUAUCGGUCUGGCAGACCCGGCGGCACUCUCUCAAGCCGUAUCGGCGUUCCAGGCCUGCCACUUCAUCGGCAUGCCAGAGUGUGAGGUCAUUCUGGCGCAGUGUGUGGUUUAUAUGACCCGAGCGCCCAAGUCUGUGGAGGUGUACAAGGCCUAUAACAACGUCAAGUGCUGUCUGAGGAAGCAUCAGGGCCCGUUACCGGCCGUUCCCCUGCACCUGCGCAACGCUCCCACCAAACUGAUGAAGAAUCUGGGCUACGCCAAAGGAUACAAAUACAACCCAAACUACAGCAGACCGGUGGAGCAAGAAUAUCUUCCCGAGGAGCUGCGCGGUGUCAACUUCUUCACCUGGACGCCCCCCGAUCUGUGACUUAUUGUCUUUUUAAGUUUGGAGUUCUGCUGUUGCCUUUAUCACUGCUGCUGUAUCUUACACUUAUCACAGCGAGGUUUCACACCUUUGGUCCAUGUUGUGAAUGAAUAAAUAUGCAUUUGCUUAUACAGUUUUAUGUAAAACAUGAAGAUUGCAGCAACUGAUUUCCAUUUUUAUCUCAGGUGAGUAAGAAAUUAAUAAAUGGAAACCAUAUUAUAGUACUUUGUAAGUGCAUAAACAUCGCUUGAUUUGAAUUUCGUGAGAUUUGGCUUUACUCUCAAAUACACACUAUAGAGGAUGAGACUUACAGGAAACAAUUAUUAGUGACUUUUAUAUUAGUUUGGCUUCCUCUUCCUUUGGUUUUCCUCCAAUAUUCAAACUAGAGGAUGAACGUUUAUCUUGAAAACUGAGUUGCAUCCCUGACAUUUCAUGUUUCAGCUUCAUUGAAUGUUUGCAUCAUUGUUUUACACUCAUAUCUACAAGCAAGCAAUAAUGUUGUAUAUUACCAUAUGCUUUACUAAAAUCAAGUCUUAUCUUUAUUUUUCUGCACUGAAGAUGUUGCACUUACAAAUCAUUUUGCAGUUCAAGUCAUUUUGAUUAUGAGUUGACUGACCGUGCUGAGGUCAGUGUAUUAAAGGGAUCGUUCACCCAAA